AUGGAAGAGAAGACUAGACCUGAUCCCAUUUCUCUUUUGAGUCUGCCGCCUGAAAUUCAAACCAAAAUCUGCUCAUGCCUAGCCCAAUCAUUUGAGCAAUCAGCCAUUAAUGCAUUGCUCCGGACCUGCAAGCAGCUCCAUGAGAUCGCACUUCCGAUUUCCGUGAGCUUUUACCAGAAUAAAGCCUUCAGUUUCGAUGACUGCGGGGCAUGUUCCCGGGCCCGAAAUGUGCAGUUCUUGCGAUAUAUUCUCAUUCACAAACCUGAGCUAUCUAAAUAUGUGAAAACCGUCAUCUUGGGCAGCUUUUCGUCGGACAACCCAAAGUUCGAGCAUCCCAAGGAUACAGCACACCCGAGCGACACCAAAAGUACCCAAGCCGAGGUUGACGUCUUUCGGGAGACGAUACAAAAGAGGCUGGGACAAUUCGGCCUUGAGAGAUUUCCUUGGUAUACUCCAUGGGUGGAGGAAUGGUUGGAUGGUCUCGCACAGGGCACCACUGAUGCUCAGAUCACUCUAAUUCUGCUCAUAUGUCCUGAAAUCCGGGCACUAUUAUUUGAGCGCCCCAGAGGAGCUCGGAUUUUUAUUCGCUUCCUAUUUGUGGUUGGUCUUUUAUCAAAUGCAGUACCUGGAGAGCAUUACCCUGAGAUGACCAGCGGUGUUCCACUCUCGAAUGUACAAGACGUGUAUCAUGAGACAAACGCCGUAGACAUUCACUACAAGGAUUUUGCUUCACAUGCACAGCCUAUCUUUUUCCUACCUCGCCUCCAAUUCUAUGAGUGCAAUCUCGCUUUUGGAGGUGACGGAGACCCCCACGGUCUAACGAUCCUAAAACCGAAGUCUUCCCCGAUAGAGGAGAUUAUUCUGCGUGCCAGUGCCGUCAGUGGACCAAUAAUUUUGGCCAUGUUGAAGGCCUGCAAAGCUCUCAAGAGACUGGAGUACACACAGCUCUGUACAAAGACGGCUUACAGGAGCGUAAACCCCCAGCAACUUGCAGAGGCUCUACUGCUUCACGCCGACACACUUGAGGAUCUCUUCGUCAAUUUUAACGACCUCCGUGACAAGCGAUGGGAAUGGGAAGACCACACUGAUAUCCUGUAUAUGGGAACGAGGUUUUCCCAACUGCAUUCUCUUAAGAGACUUACGAUCAGCAUGCAGUCUAUUACCGGAAUACUCGCCGGCCCUCCUGCCACGAAUACCAGUUCACCUCAGAUGCCACUCCGAGUCGAAGAGGCGCCCAGUCUAAUUGAAUGUCUCCCUGAAAGCCUUGAAUAUUUGAAGAUCUUGGCGUGUGGAGAAGAAUUCCAGGAAAAGGCAGCAGAGUUGCUAAGGACAGUUGAGAAGCGGCAACGCUUUACAAAGCUCACCUACAUUGGCUUCUUUUUCAAUCGUUGGCUAAUGAAGUCGGAGAUUGAUCUGCGCUGUGGCUUGCCGAGUGUGCAGUUGGACAUUCGCUAUCAGGAUCGAGAAGAGUACGGUUAUGAUUUGGCGCCACUGGCUCCGAAAUGA